AGCUGGCAAGCCCGCGCUGACACAGGACGCGCCUGCAAGCCGCCAGCGGGAGGCUCUCGGCCGUCCGGCGCGCGGGCUCCUCGGCCGGGGCCGGGCAAACUUUUCUUUCUCUUUAGCCAUUACUUCGAGGCGCCGGGCGCGGCGGGGCCCGGGGCGCGCCGGCCGCGGCACGAUGCGCGCCGCGUGGGAGGCGCUGGCGGCGCUGGCGGCCGUGGCGUGCCUGGCGGGCGCGGCGCGCGGCGGGCCCGGGCUCAGCAUGUUCGCCGGGCAGGCGGCGCAGCCCGAUCCCUGCUCGGACGAGAACGGGCACCCGCGCCGCUGCAUCCCGGACUUCGUCAACGCGGCCUUCGGCAAGGACGUGCGCGUGUCCAGCACCUGCGGCCGGCCCCCGGCGCGCUACUGCGUGGUGAGCGAGCGCGGCGAGGAGCGGCUGCGCUCCUGCCACCUCUGCAACGCGUCCGACCCCCGCAAGGCGCACCCGCCCGCCUUCCUCACCGACCUCAACAACCCGCACAACCUGACGUGCUGGCAGUCCGAGAACUACCUGCAGUUCCCGCACAACGUCACGCUCACGCUGUCGCUCGGGAAGAAGUUCGAGGUGACCUACGUGAGCCUGCAGUUCUGCUCGCCGCGCCCCGAGUCCAUGGCCAUCUACAAGUCCAUGGACUACGGGCGCACGUGGGUGCCCUUCCACUUCUACUCCACGCAGUGCCGCAAGAUGUACAACCGGCCGCACCGCGCGCCCAUCACCAAGCAGAACGAGCAGGAGGCCGUGUGCACCGACUCGCACACCGACAUGCGGCCGCUCUCGGGCGGCCUGAUCGCCUUCAGCACGCUGGACGGGCGGCCCUCGGCGCACGACUUCGACAACUCGCCCGUGCUGCAGGACUGGGUCACGGCCACCGACAUCCGCGUGGCCUUCAGCCGCCUGCACACCUUCGGCGACGAGAACGAGGACGACUCGGAGCUGGCGCGCGACUCCUACUUCUACGCCGUGUCCGACCUGCAGGUCGGCGGCCGCUGCAAGUGCAACGGGCACGCGGCGCGCUGCGUGCGCGACCGCGACGACAGCCUGGUCUGCGACUGCCGGCACCACACGGCCGGGCCCGAGUGCGACCGCUGCAAGCCCUUCCACUACGACCGGCCCUGGCAGCGCGCCACGGCCCGCGAGGCCAACGAGUGCGUGGCCUGCAGCUGCAACCUCCAUGCUCGGCGCUGCAGAUUCAACAUGGAGCUCUACAAGCUGUCGGGGCGCAAGAGCGGGGGCGUCUGUCUCAACUGCCGCCACAACACUGCCGGCCGCCAUUGCCACUACUGCAAGGAGGGCUUCUACCGAGACAUGGCCAAGCCCAUCACCCACCGGAAGGCCUGCAAAGCCUGCGAUUGCCACCCUGUGGGUGCUGCCGGCAAGACCUGCAACCAGACCACGGGCCAGUGCCCCUGCAAGGACGGCGUGACGGGCAUCACCUGCAACCGCUGUGCCAAAGGCUACCAGCAGAGCCGCUCGCCCAUUGCUCCCUGCAUCAAAAUUCCUGUAGCACCACCCACCACUGCGGCCAGCAGCGUGGAGGAGCCUGAAGACUGUGACUCCUACUGCAAGGCCUCCAAAGGGAAGCUGAAGAUGAACAUGAAGAAAUACUGCAGGAAGGACUAUGCCGUCCAGAUCCACAUCCUGAAGGCAGACAGAGCAGGGGACUGGUGGAAGUUCACAGCGAACAUCAUCUCCGUGUACAAGCAGGGCACAAGUCGCAUUCGCCGUGGUGACCAGAGCUUGUGGAUCCGCUCUCGAGACAUCGCCUGCAAGUGCCCCAAGAUCAAGCCCCUCAAGAAGUACCUGCUGCUGGGCAAUGCCGAGGACUCGCCUGACCAGAGUGGCAUCGUGGCGGACAAGAGCAGCCUGGUGAUUCAGUGGCGGGACACAUGGGCACGGCGGCUGCGCAAGUUCCAGCAGCGGGAGAAGAAGGGCAAGUGCAAGAAGGCCUAGCGCGGAGGUGGCGCGGGCUGCAGGAGGGCGGCCAGCCAUGGACUUGGCCCGCCAGGGUUUUCCCCAGAGGGUGGGGGCGGGGCGAAGUCUGAGUGGGGCGGGGCCCCCUGGGGCUCCGCCCCAGCCCCACCCUCCCACCCCUGGCUGCACUCUUGUGCGCAUGGCAGAAAGUACCCUGUUGACAGGCCAGGCCCUGGAGAAAUGAGGACAAGACAUAUAGCUACCUCACGGCGGCGCUCCUUCCAGAACAGAGAUGCGCUUCCCUAGGGCAAGGUGGGGGUCGCCGUGGAGGGGUUAGGGGUCCCCGCGAGGAGGGCACAGAACGGCACAGUGGACCAUAGCCGCUGUGUUUGAGAAGAACUGUGAAUUUUCGGGCCUGCAGCUUGGGCAGGAACAACCAGUCCGCCACCAGACACUAGCAAAGCCCCUUCCUUUCUCCAUCACCCGCUGUCUAGGAAUUCCCACAGGACUCCAGACUCUGACAACAGGUCCCCAUGUCAAAGGGCCAAAUGGCACUGGCAUCAGCCAGCUUUGGGUCUCCACUGCCACCUGCUGGGCUGGUCUCCUGGGUGGAGUUCAUCAACUGUAUGUAGGCCAGGAGGCUCCUCCUGGGGCCUGCCCUACCCCAGUGGGGGUUGGCCCAGGCCCCUGGCCCACCAGAGGGCCUGAGGACCCUGAAGCCCUAGCCGGGUGGUCACUGCCUCCGCUGGAGCUGCCUGUGGGAGGAGGCACUGCAAACCAAAACCUCCCAGCGCGUUUCCUUUUUGGAAACUUGGAAACGGCCCCUUUUAUGACAUUUUCCAGAGGAGGGGGAGGGGGUGUUGGCGGGGUGUAGGGCAGUGACACUAUUUGUGUAAUGACAUCAGCUCCCAUAAGGCCUCACAGCAAUGUCAACAGCUGGAAAGGGCCUGGUCAGGCCUGGAAUGCCAGCGGCUGUAGAGGCGGUUUGGGCUGGGCUUGGGGGAAGGGGCUUGCUUGACAGGGCGGGGCUGCUGCUCAGCAAGGUGCCUGGUGUCCACGCUGUAGGCAGGCCAGGCCAGGAGUGGUCAGGUUGCUAGGGUCCAAGGAAGCUGUGAGUGUUUUACUGUUGCUGCCCCCAAGGGAACAGCUGGCUCCCAAGGGAAGGAACAGGCUCCUAGGUUCAGAAGCCCACUGUAGCUUGCAGCUGCCUUGGUCUAGCCUGGGCACUUGUGUCCAGCCCUCUCUCUCUCUUUCGCUCUCUCUCUUUCUCUCUCACUGGUUCUUUGUGGAGGGCCCCAGGCCUUCCUGUGUACCUAGCCCUCUCUUCUCUCAGAGGCUUAAUGUCCUCAUGCAGGCAGCUCCAAGCUUCCCUUCCGGCUGCUUCCCAGGCCCCCUUUUGCCUUCCCUGCCUCACGCCCCGCACCCUGGAUGAGGCCUGGCUUCCCUCUCAGUCAGGAAAUUGGUUUCAUUUCCCCUGCCCAUUUGGCUGCCACAAAGGGCCACACCAGGAAUGAAGCCCAGCCCCUUAGUGACACGACUCCCUCUGUUUCUCCUGCCGCUGCCACGUUGCCACUGCCAUUACUGAGCACCCGCUUGGUGCCAGGCACUUUACCUGUAUGCCCCUGGCCAGUCUUCAUCACAAGCCCAUGAGACAGGAAUUGGUUCUUGUCCUCAUUUUCACCAGUAACGUGUCCACAUGCCCGAGGUCACCCCAGCACCAGCACUCCGACCCUGGCCUUACCAGAGCUACACACCAGCUGUUAGCCCACUUGGCACCCCUACAGCAGGUGGGCGGGGCUUAUCACUGAGACCCAGGCAGCUUGCCUCUAGAGAACCUUGAAAAUACGAGCCUGGAGUAGGGUCUGGGAUAGACAGUGUGGGGCGCAGGAGUGGACUCCCCGGAGCAAAGCCUCAGGGUCCAGGAAGAGAGGUGUUAGCCACGUGAGCCUAGCGAGGUGGCUUGGCUGUUCAAGUGUGGGAAGGCGGGCUGGAGGACUUGAGAGACUGACAGAGAGCACACAGACAUGCUCGGGGAAGGCUCGUGUGGCUUCCCCGGUCCAAGCCUGAGACUGAUGGGCAAGGGCCACUAUCCAGGCCCAGACAGCCAGUGUGGUUUGUUGGGUGCCAUCCGCGGCAAACACCAGCACACUGCAUGGCGUCCGCCCUGGCCACCUUCGACCAUGAGUCUUGGGUUCCAGUCUCACCUGGUGUCCACCGAAGCCCCUUAACUAGGGGCCCCCUGCUAAGCAAUAAGACAUCUUGCUGGAAAUCUACCAGGGCCUCCUGCCCUGUCCCCCAUGGCCUGGCCAUUGGGAAUUACAUUGCAUGGCCAGAUGAGCCAAGUUGUGGAGGAGGUCAGUGCUGAGAUAGCAGGGUUUGUCACCUCUGUUCUGGGCCUAGCCCAAAUCCAGCCCACCUCUCCUCUGUCUGGGGGCCAAGCCUUGAGGAAGCAGCUGUCUCCUGCCCACUCCUGACCCCACCCUAGGGAGGAGGCAGAAAGGGGAAAGAAGACAUCCUAUUUGUACAGUUAGGGAGGGAUGCAGAAUGGAAGUAGGUUUUGAGUUUGAGAGUGUAUUAACAGAGUUGUGGUCUGUAGGUCUUUGAAGAAAACCAUUCCAGGUUACUCACUCACCAGUCGGGGCUCCCCAGCCGUCCUUUUGCUUAGCAGCUGGGGAGCCUGGUGCCCCUGCCAUUGGAAUGCCUCCUUUGCUGACAGACAGCGGCACAAUGGUGUGGGGUAAAGGAAAUGGCAUGCUCCCCGGUAUACCUGUGAGCUGUGGCCUCUGGCCCGAGCUUCUGUCCUGGAAAGCAGGGUGGGAGGCAGGACCAUCAGGCUCCUUCAGAUGGGAGGGAGGAUCAAAGCCCAGGGAGGCUGAAGUGGCCUGAGGGCCUUUCUAGAACUGGGCCUCAGUAGUUCCAUACAGGCGAUGAGUACAGGCUGUCUUAGAAUUGCCCCAAGCUGGAACAAGACUGAAAUUAAGAGACCCUUUGGGAAAUGGUUCCCCUAGGUCUCCAUGCUUCACGGACUCCACCCAGGAAGCCUAGAGAGUGGGCAGAUCAAGCUCACUGAUGGGCUACGGUUCACACAGACAUUCCUGUGGACCCGAGCCAUGCCAUACCCCAGGGGUAUCAAAGUUGUCUUUGUGGGGCCUUGCCCCUGCCAAAAACCAAGCCAGCUCACCUCCUGUGCCAGUGGACAUGCUUCCCCUUUCCCUGCUCUGGACACACCCUCCCUCCUGUGUUACCGAUUCUGCUCACUCAGAACUGUAAAUGUUUAGUUGUGACCAUGACAUAUUGUUUGGGUCAGUGUCCUUUCCAAUGCAUACUAAUAUAUUAUGGUUAUUAUAUAUGAAUAUAUUUAAUGACAUGGAGAAAGUUGUGGAUUUUCUUUUUUUUUUUUUUUAAGGGUUUUUUGUUGUUAGAGUUGGAAUGGACCCAGAUGAACUUGUAACGUGGGCCCUACAUGAUAGAACUAAAUUCAGAUCUCAUUAAAUAAACUCUUGUAUACUGUUA